GCUACCCUCGUUGCAAGGUACCCGCCAAUGAGUGAACGACAAAUCUUCGGCUCUUGCAGAACACUCGAGGGGGGUUGGGACGAUUUUAUUUGAGCGGCGUGUGGUUUUGCUGCUUUAUGCAUACAAAAAUUCCUGUGAACUGUGAUCUUCGUUCGUAUUCAGACAGCAAAAGGAGGCAAGCAUUGCGGGGAAGUGCAUUUAUGGCUGCUCAAAAUAUGAGCACUUGCCUUGUGAUUCGGGCGCCCAACCAAAAAUUUGGAGACCAACAGGUUUAUUGUUCCUUGGACUGGUCCGUGCAACAGCUCAAGCAGCACCUCUCCAAUGUUUACCCAAAUAAGCCUAGGCCAGAAGAUCAGAAGCUGAUCUAUUCAGGACAGCUGCUAGAAGAUGAAAUAACCUUGAAAGAUGUGUUUCGCAUGGAUCUUGGGAAGACUCACAUCCUUCACCUGGUUUGCAGAACAGCUGGAGACUCUUCUGACGAUUCACGUUCUCCCAUUCCCCAUAUGGCUACAAGGCAGCCUGAUUUGGGAGUGGCCGAUGGGUCAACAUCAAAUGUGCCUUCAACUUCAUCUGUGGCCUCAGCUCCAUCAGCUAUCAACAAUGAUGGACUUUGGCACAGAAGCACCGGCUCUGGUGCAGUGCCUAAUGGUCAAAUGCCUUUUGCUGUGGGAAUGCCAGCAGGAGCAUCGAGCCCUGAGCAGCUGAUUCAACAGGUGGCUCUUGCUCAGCAGUUGUAUGCACACUACUUCACCCAGUACAUGCAUCUCAUGCACCAGGCAGCACCUCCCCCUGUGGCCCAAGCAAGUGCUCCAGCUCCAGCUAGCCCUCAAGCUGCAGCACCUGCUGCUCCUGCUGCUGCUGCAGUGCCUCCUCCAGCACCGCGCGUUGCCCCAGACAACCGAGGACCUCGCAUGAAUGCCCAGGGUGGCCCACUGCUGGAUGAGGAGGAAGAGGAGGCGGCUCAGCGGGACUGGCUGGACUGGGUUUACACUGUGAGCAGGGCAACUGUCCUGCUGAGCAUUGUCUACUUCUAUUCCUCCUUCGGAAGGUUCCUUGUCGUCACUGGCAUCGCUCUGCUUAUGUACCUGUACCAAGGGGGCUGGUUUGCAGCCCCGCGGCAGCAGCAGCAGCCAGAGCGCGGGCACGAUCGGAACCGUGCGAGAGAGGCCAACCAGCAGCAACAGGCCGACCAUCCUGCUGCUGAGAUUCAGCCACAGGGACAGGCUGGCCCAGAGCAGCUUGAAGAGGCAAUGGACCAUGAUGGCAGUGGUGCACCAAACCCACCACCACCAGAGCCCGAGGUAUCGCCCAUCACAACAGCCUGGACGUUUGUGGCAACCUUCUUCACCUCACUUAUUCCGGAACAGCCACCACCGGUUAACGCCAACUGAAGUUCCUCCUCUAUCAGCAUUUGCUUUCUUUCAUGUUAGAUAGAGCCCCUUGGAUGUUUAUUGAGAGGGAGAAAAAUGCAAGGCACAAAGAGCUGUCUGAAUGAAGCAAAUGGCCAAGACAGUCUUGUCGCUGCCAUCUGUUCUUUAUGAAAGCUUGCAGCUUUCCUUAGGAGCACACAAUUCGUAACAUUAGAAAAAAGAAAUGCAGGCCAUUAGUGUGCACCUCAUAUCAGAAAUGCACAGAGGCCGUGUUUAAAUAUCUCUGUUUAGUAUUUCUUUUUUCCAGAAGUUGCUCCCUCUAGUUGGACUGUUUGUCUAAGUCUGAUCUGAGGAUAAUCCUCUUGAUGGCCUAGUUGGAGUGUUGUUUUUUUCAUGUGUGUUUGUGCAAUAUUCGUUCAACAGGCCCUUUUUUUUGUGUGUGAGCAAGUGUACAGUGUAGUAUUGCAGAAUCUCGGUGAUAUGAUCCUGGUUUUAAGGUGAUACAAAUUCGCAAGAUUCUCCAACUGAAUUGCAUUUUGUGUGAUGCUCAAAAAUUUAUAGGGUACGAACGCUUCACCACACCAUCCUAGGUGAUAAAAUCCACAAGCUGCAAUGGCUUGCAGUAGCAUGGUGGGGAGGCCAGUGGUGCCUUUCAGUUUUUCUGUUGCAGUUAAACAGGCAAGCUGUUGGUAUGUUGUUGGCAAGCUCUUGUGCCCUACCUUGUAGGUAACAAAUUUGUGACUGUUUAAAAAAUUGGGCAAGCCAUAACAGCGAAUUGGUAACAGUAUUACCUAUGCCAACCUGUGCAAAAUCUUUUUCUGUUGCUAUCUUUAAUGACUAUGGCAAUGACUUUGGCUCUGACAAGUACGCCGUUGCCAAUGCCGUUUCAGUUUGAUGUGUGAUCGUAAUGUGUCAUCUGUAGAUUCUUGCGAAAAAAAUAGUGCAUGUUGAAAUUAGGUAAACAUGUUUGUCAUUUAUAUUGUUCUGCCUUCUUUGCUCAACACUAUACCAAAAAUGGUGUUUUUGGUGAGUUAUAGAGUGUGCUUAAUAUAGACUAUCCCCUAGUGCCACUAAUGCAGACACUGUAGCCAUUCCAUUCAUGUAGUAGAAUGGAGCAGUGAGCCAGUUAGCAUUGCAUUUUUUUGUAAAGAGCCUAGAGGGGAGAAAGGACAACAUUCAGCUUGCACACAACACAAGCUCUAUGUUGUUUUGCAAACUCUCUUCACCUGCCUUUCCUGCGCUGUAGGUUAUUUACAAAGAUUCCACUUGCAAUUUGGAUUACCAUGGAGUCAGGUGUCCUUGUACUGACUGGUCAAGCUAACAUUAUCGAGCAAAGUUCAAUUUCAGGAUCAUAAUAAAACUAUUGACUCCUAAGAGAUGUAUGGAUGUCAGCCAAAACCUCCAGUAGUGAUCAAAUUAACAAAAAGAGAAAAAUAAUUACUUAAGGUUGAAUUUUGUUGUUUUUUUUAAUGCAGAAAGAGACAUUGCAAAACAAAUUAAGGCCGAGCAAAGGUUGGAGUUUUCCUUGCUUAUGACAUGAUCAGAAAUACUAUUUUUUUUUUGUUGCAAGACCCUGGAAGAUUAUCACCAAGAUUCUGCUGCAUGUAGCUUUAGAUUAUGGUGUCUGAAAUUAUAAUGUAUGUUGAAGGUCGCAUUUGUAAUCUCAAGGAUUUAAAUUUGCAACAACAUUUGAAAAGUCAAAGUGACCACCGUGGGCCAGCUAGUGUCCCUCUUCAUGCAUGUUAUGUUCUUGAGAUUAUGUUCUGCAGUUCAUAAACUGGAAGUUCACGUGCUAGUUAUAUAGCAUAAACAUUUUUCUCCGCCUGUACAAAACACAUGUAGCCUGUGUGCCAUGUGUUGGACAGCCACAUUUAGUACAAUGUCAGUUCAAAAGCAGGCACAUUAUCUUUUCAAGCAUGUCACUAUGCUGCUGGCUUAGCAGGUAUUACAUUUGUUCAUCUCCAAGAGAUGACAUUGUCAACAAAGGCUUUACACCUCUGCUAAGCUGCUGACAAAUGUACAGCUUCUUUAGGGCAUUGUAAUAUACAGUCUUGUAUAUAUGAGGAAUGACUGAGGACAAAAGUGGAAGGUGUGAUCGAAGCAGUUGCACAAAGAUGCCGUUUACUGUCCACAUUUCAUACAAAAAGAGAUUUUUUUUUUCUUUUUGCUAUCUGCUUUUGACAUACCGUGUCCUGCAAGUUGAAGGUUUACACUGUUGCCUUUUAAAAGGGUGUGAUAGUUCAGCAAGUGUCGGCACACAUUGUUUACUUGUACGCACCCAGCUUUGUCCAAAGCUUAUAUAUAGUACGACAUGCAGCUCCAGCUGAGAUGCUAGAUUUUAAAGGCAGCUCUUGACACAGGUGCACAUUACUUUUUUCACAAAACAAAGCUAGUGCCAUUGUUUGUUAUUUGUCACCGUGCUGGGGGAGCAAGCACUUUACUGGGAUAAGUGGGGUAUUGAGAAAUUUUGCACUACCAAGGAAAUCAAUUUUAAUGAAGCAACAAUGUUUAGUUCCCACUGAAGGGAACUUGCUGUAGCCAGUAGGUGUGCAAAGCCCAUGUGAUAACUGUAUAGCAUUUGUUGUUUCUCCAUUGAGGAUGCUUAGACUAAAAUUUAUAUAAGUAUGUAAAAACAGAACACUUGUAUAUUUGAGGCUCUCAUUGUUUUACUUUUUUUUUCCACGUAGGUGUUGGAAUAUUGUCUAGUCUGGAGGGGCAUUAAUUUUGCAUACAAACCAGAAGGGAAGGCGUGGCAUUGUGGUGCAGAACUAUAGUGGUGUUCCUGUAUACGUUCCCAUGGUGAGCAAAGUUGCAUGUCUGCCCUCCAUGUACCACAAUUUGCCAAAUAGCAUAACAUCAUUUGUAGAACUUGCUGUUCAGCAGAAAAGUUCACAGCCACGACACCGCUUCUGCACUGAAUUCAGUGUUGCUGACAGCACCUGCAAAGUGCUUUCUAGUGGUCGUAUCAGCCAUAAGGUUAUUACCUCUGCUAUGAAAUUGGGGCAUUCUUAGCAAUGCACCUCUAUUGAGCAAAUUCAUAGGUUUAUGUGGAACAUGCACCUCUGUUUAAAAUUCUUAUGGCAGUACAAAAAUGUGGUUCUUACAAGAAUGAGCAUUUGCUUUGUCACUCAGCAUGGUACUGUAUCACAAUGGUUGACUUUUGUGCAACUCUGCUCCUAAUGGGGAGUGUAAACAGGAACAGUAAAAACUGAUUUCUGCUGUACCCUGUCCAACAGAAAGACAUCAACCUUUCUUCUCCUUGCAGUGUGCAUACUCCAAAGCUUGCUACUCCUAUAUACUUUUGGCUUCUUUUUUACGUUGUUUUUUUGCAGUUAGUGCAUUGGCUGGCACAAGUGCUUCUGCUGUGUAGGAUUUGCUGCACAUUACCCAAAGAAUGUGAUUUCUUUUUUCUGUACAUAAUGCUAGUCCCUUGUUAGCUUUUUUUUUUUUUUUUUUUUUUACUGUGUAAUAAAAGUCCUUGCACAGUGAUCAUUUUCACCGUGCAAAUUGACCUGAUAGACGUGCCCUCAAAGUCAUCAAAGAUGUUCUUAUAUUUGAUUGUGGCGUUGUGCUAAGCAGUUAGUAGGCUCACUGUCUCAAGUUUACUGUAGCAAAAUGGACAUUUGGGCUAGUUGGUGUGUGUUCAUCUUGAAGGAAAAGGCAUACUGAGAGACGCAGACUAUGAAAUGGUAUUCCUGUGUCGUAGUUUCUUCUUCCCCUAGUCCGUGUCUGUGAGUGAGACUUUUCCUUCAAGAUUUCUCAAGUUUGUUGGCAAAAAAUUUACUUGUGCAGAUUUUUUGUUGAACUUUUAUUUGGACAUUUAAUAUCAAACUUUCAAAAUAAUGUGCAGCCUUGUACUGCCUACAGAAUACUACUACAAUAAAAUUUUGCUUUAUUGAAAAUGCAAAA